AAGAUGAAUGUCAUCCAGGUGAUUUCCCUCACUCUGCUGUCCGUUUUGGCGGCCAACGCUCAGGUCAUCAUGCCAGGAAGAUGCCCCAAGCCUGCCGUGCAGGAGAACUUUGAUACUGCCAGGUAUCUUGGUAAGUGGUAUGAUGUCCAGAGACUGCCAAAUACCUUCCAGAAGGGCGAGUGCUGCACUGCCACCUACAGCCUGAAGAGCCCCGGAGUCGUUGGUGUCUUCAACAGCGAGCUGCUCGCUGAUGGGACCGUUAGCUCCAUCAGUGGCUCUGCCACAGCAAAGAACCCCUCUGAGCCUGCCAAGCUGCAGGUUUCCUUCUUUGAGAACGCUCCCCAUGCUCCUUACUGGGUGCUGUCCACCGACUACGACAACUACACUCUGGUCUACAGCUGCACCGACCUCGGCGUGCUGCAUGUGGAUUUCGUCUGGAUCAUGAGCAGACAUCCCACCCUGCCCGAGGAGACCCUCGAGGAGCUGCACAGCAAGCUGUCCUCUUUCGGAGUCAGAGUGGACAAGCUGCUCACCACCAACCAGGAUGCAGCUUACUGCAGCGCCAUGAACCAGUAA